GUGCGAGCCGCUGUGACUAUUUAAAACUUUUUGGGAGAUCUUAGUCACUUUAUUAUGCUGAAAUGUGUUCAGCUCGUGUUACAUCUCAUUACUUAAGUGAACCGGGACUGCAGGAUCUUCAUGUGCGCUUGAUAAGGAGUGUUUAUUCUGAAGGGGAACACUAAUUCUCGGGUUCGAUCCUGCGCUGCAUAACUUCUGCUACAGCCGGAGAAGUUCGCUCGCACUGUGGAGACGGGCUGGUAUCAUUUCUGUGUGAAGGUUUAAAGAAACCAUACCAGGACUUUCAUACCCAGCAGCCGGAUUGUGAUGGCUCCCACACGCCCUUCUGUAUUUGUCGUGCUCCUGGUGUCCUGCAGCGUGGUCUCAGCAGGUCUUCUGUCUCAUAGCUUCUGUGGGUUAUUGCCAGCGGGUGAAGAUCACCCUGUUCAGGCCUUUCUGAAAAGCUACAUGACUCUUUCAGGCUGUGCUAGUCGUGGCACUGCCAGCCUACCGCAAGAAGUUCACAUAAUUAAUCUAAGGAGCAGCAGCUCUGAGGAACCAGCAGAGGAAACGAAGGUUGUGCUGCACCUCGGACCCAUCCAGUCCAUAUCUGUACACGAGAAGCCGCUGGUUUUUAUCCUGAACUCACCCCAGCCAGUCCAGUGGAGGAUAGAGGCGGAAAAACUGGCUCAUGGGGUCAAAAGGAUCUUCCAUGUAUCAGACGGCUCGGAUGUACAGUUUGAAAGUGAAAAUUUCUCAGUCUCCAGUGAAAUUCGAAAGGAGACGUUACCCCACGGAAACGAUCACCUGCUGUCAUGGGCCCAGCGCCACUACCGCGCCGUCACCUCUUUCACCGAGCUCAGAAUGACCCGGGAUGUCUACAUCAAAGUGGGAGAAGAUCCUGUGUUUUCCGACACCUGCAAAAUUGACAACAAGUUCCUGUCUCUAAACUACCUGGCUAGUUACAGUCUGCCUCAGCUGUCCAAGGGCUGUGUCCUCUCAGGGCCGCAAGUCUCUCAGGAGGUGCACAUCAUUGAGCUGCAGGCCCCGAACUCCAGCAGCGCGUUACAGGUGGAUGUGACGGUGGAUCUCAGGCCGAAGGAGGCAGGAAUCCCUCUGCGCCGAGAUGUUGUGCUGGUCCUCAGGUGCCAGAGGUCGGUCAACUGGGUAAUCGAGGCUAACAGCAUCAUCGGAAAGCUACAGAUAGUGACGUCGGAUAGCAUCAGGCUGAACGAGACCACAGAGCGUCUGAUGCAGGUAUCAAAGGCGGUCAACCAGAAGCUUCCUACAGGAGCUCAGGCUCUGAUCAACUGGACCGAGGAGAACGAUUACGGUCCCGUCACCUCCUACACCAGCACCGCCGCCGCUAACAUCUUCAAACUGCGCAUCACAGCACCUGAAACAGUAGACCCUAUGGAGAGGCUGUCCAUCUUGCGUAAUGACGAUCAGGACGACCAUGAGACUUCCGACCUGCCUUUCCCCUUGUUCCUUCUGCCAUCACUUGAUGAGAAUCAGGAGUGGUCCCGUCCGGGUCCGGAGGAGCACCGAGGGUCUCUGAGUGUGGGUCUGAGUGUACAGUGUGAGGAGAGCAGGAUGGUGGUGAGCGUCAACAAGGAAAGCCUGCAGGCAAGCGGUUUUGCUAAAGCCAACCUUACUCUGCAGGACCCACAAUGCAAAGCGAUAUCAAACUCCACCCACUACAUCCUGGAGACUCCUCUUAACGGCUGCCAAACCACCAAAUUCCCAAUGCAUCCCAAUCCCACGGUCCUCUACAUCAACUCAAUUGUGAUCAGCCAAUCAGAGAGCAGGGAUGGAAGUGGCUGGCCUGCGGAUGAUGAAGAUCUGGAGUCUGGGCAUGUUCUCUUUCCAGCAGACCGAGUCACCGAGAAGUCCUCCCCAGGACACAAAUCUACUAUUCUGUUUAACUGUACCUACCACAAGGGCGGCGAUGCUCCAGAUGAUUUUGGCUGGCUGGACUAUGCUGGGUCACAUAAGGAACCUGUAGAGAACGUGACGUUUAGCAUGGAGCUGUACAACACCAGCCUGUUCCGCUAUUCACAACCGCCUUCCUUCAUCACUAUCACCGAGAACAAACCCAUCUUCGUCGAGAUCUCAGCCACUAAAGCUGAUCCCGAUCAGGGUUUUAUGAUCCGGACGUGCUUCAUCUCUCAAAAUUCUGACCCUGAGAUUUUAUCCGAUUACGUCCUCAUUGAGAACAUCUGUCCCACCGAUGAGUCCAUCCUCUACUACCCUCAGAAAGUGGACGUCUCAGUCCCACACGCUCAGAUGGAAAGAAAACGCUUCAGCUUCAACUUCAGGUCCAAGUUCAAAGUGCCUCUGCUCUUCCUGCACUGUGAGAUGUCCCUCUGCUCGAAGAGACGGGCAAUGCAUUCGGGACUGCCCCAGUGUAUGCAUCCUGAUGAAGCCUGCACAAGCAUCAGUGGAGAAACCAUCAUCAAAAUGCUGAUGAGCAGCAAGACCUCAACUAAACCACUGGUGGUUGUUUCUGACACUGAAACCAGCGAUCCAGUUUCAACUCACAAACCUGCGCUGCCUCCUGGAGAACCUCACAUGUAUGUGCUGGACACACCGACUGUGGUGGGCAUCGCGUUUGCAGCGUUCUUAAUAGGAGCUCUGCUGACCGGGGCACUGUGGUUCAUCUAUUCACACACAGGAGAUCCAGCUGCAAAACAGCCAGUACCCAGAUCGACUCCUGCAUCAGAAAACAGCAGCGCCGCUCAUAGUGUCGGCAGCACCCAGAGCACCCCGUGUUCCAGCAGCAGUAAUGCAUAGCACUUACGCACACACACACACACUUAUACACACGCGCUUACACUAAGCCUGCCAGCCUCCAUUCACAUUCAUUUUCCUGACCGUCAUUAAUCUUGGACGUUUACUGAUCAUAAACAACGACUGACUGAGGUUUGUUGAACAUCACAGCCUGGAAGUGCCUCUCUGUUCUCGUCCUAAAAUAUAUUUAGGAAUGUGGAUCAGGAUCAGAAACAAAAAAAGUUCGGACAAAUCAUGAGUGAAAUAUAAAAUAUGCAGAGAAACAGCACAUUUAGUUUCAGCCUUAUAUGGCUGGAAAAGGUUGUUCAUCAUGGAGCUUGUUUACUGGAGUCCGUUUUACAGUGAGGAAGCAUCUGGAAGGCGCGAGGGCUCGACGCCGAGACACGAGCCUGAACAGAGUAAUGAAGGUUUGACGUGCCAAAGCCAGCACACUUUACUAUGGACAGCCAAGAUUUCCUUCCAAUCAAAUUCUAGAUAAUAACAAUCUUUAAAAAAACACUUCAUGUGCUACGCUACAUACUUACAAAGAACUGCAUUUAUUUACCAUUCCGGGUCUAUAUUUGAGCGGAAAAAAUCUUUUAAGCCUUAUAGUUGUAGUUGCCGAAAAGCUCUUAAAGGUCAGUUUCCAUUUCUUAAAUCUCUGUAGCCUGUUUCUUUUUCGAGGUUUGAAUUAUAAGAUGCUGUAAAAACGUAUUUCAUUACCAGCACGUUAUUAAAUAACAGGC